ACACAGCGUCAUAGAGCAAACAUCCCGUCUCUGUGUGCCUUCUGUAGACGUCUGCUGCAUGAAAGAUUAUUAUUAUUAUUAUUAUUAUUAUUACAGAUUUUCUUUGUGGAUAAAGUUACUGGAUCGGAAAUGUGCGGCGUCGAGGCCUUCGUCACCAUGGCAACCACAGACUCAUACUGUAUGGGAGCGACAGUGGUGGCCAGGAGUUUACGGCGUCACGGGACAACUCGCAGCAUCGUCGUCAUGGUUACGCCGAACGUCUCAGAGCAGUCAAGGCUCGCCCUGCAGGAAGUGUUUGAUGAUGUCAUCAUGGUGGAUGUGAUGGACAGCGAGGACCAUCUCCGUCUGUCCCUGCUGGGACGUCCUGAGCUCGGCAUCACCUUCACCAAGAUCCACUGCUGGUCUCUAAGCCGCUUCAGCAAGUGUGUCUUCCUGGAUGCCGACACACUCGUUCUUUGUAACGUGGAUGAGCUGUUUGAGAGAGAUGAGUUAUCGGCAGCUCCGGAUCCCGGCUGGCCCGACUGCUUCAACUCUGGCGUGUUUGUCUUCAGACCGUCGCUCGGAACGCACCGCCGCCUGCUGGAUCAUGCCCUGCAGCGUGGCAGCUUCGACGGAGGGGACCAGGGCCUGUUGAACUCUUUCUUCAGCAGCUGGCCGAUGGACGACAUCAGGAAACAUCUGCCGUUUGUCUACAACCUGAGUGCCAGCUCUGUCUACAGCUACCUCCCUGCUUUCACACAGUUUGGCCACAAUGCAAAGAUUGUCCAUUUCUUGGGAUCAGUGAAACCCUGGAGCUCUGGCAGCCAAUCACAUUCUCCCACCAUGGACCAGUUUGUGUCUCUGUGGUGGAAGGAAUACAACACCAGUAACACCAGUUACACAACAUCAGCCGCGCCAGGGAAACCCCAACAGAUCCAGGAACAAGAAACCAAGACGCCGUUUAGAGAAAACUUGGACAGCUCCAUCUCACUGCUUGCACAUUUCUCCCCGCUGUCUUUGAGGCUUCAUUACCCGUCUGAACCGGAGACGUGUUCCCACACAGAUAACACACCGUUGGAGGAAGAAGAGAAGUCAGAGAUCCAGGACCCAGCGUCUGGUGCAGAAACUGAUCCACAUCCUAGCGCCGCAGACGGAGCUGCAGACGGAGCAGCAGACGGAGCAGCAGACGGAGCUGCAGACGGAGCAGCAGACGGAGCUGCAGACGGAGCUGCAGACGGAGCAUCAGACGGAGCAGAAGACGGAGCAGCAGACGGAGCUGCAGACGGAGCUGCAGACGGAGCAUCAGACGGAGCAGCAGACGGAGCAGCAGACGGAGCAGCAGACGGAGCAGCAGACGGAGCUGCAGACGGAGCUGCAGACGGAGCUGCAGACGGAGCAGCAGACGGAGCUGCAGACGGAGCUGCAGACGGAGCUGCAGACGGAGCAGCAGACGGAGCUGCAGACGGAGCUGCAGACGGAGCAGCAGACGGAGCAGCAGACGGAGCUGCAGACGGAGCUGCAGACGGAGCAGCAGACGGCGAGGCGGAGUGGCGGGGGAGAUGGGAGGCCGGCCAUGCCGACUACCUGGGCAGAGACGCCUUCCACAACAUCCAGACCAUGCUGGACCGCUUCCUGGAUUAAAUGGAUCGCACACAGGAACAUACUCCAUUUCAAACCGAAGAUUCCUUUUUACAAUAUCUUUAUCACUUUUUAGAAAAGCUUUUUUUCAAGGUUUUUGGCACUUUUUUUAAAUUUUGGUCCGUUUCCUGGCUUAACGGAUGUA